AGUUUUGUCCCUAUCCCCUGUCGAGCCUCUUGCUUUUGCGGGGGCUGCGGGAGAGCCCAGCUGCCUCCAACAGCCCUCCGUGGCUCGGGGGGGUCUCUUCAGAGUCUGUGGCAUGUCAGCAGGGUCAAGGCGCGGUGGCUCACUCUGAGCUUCGUCGGGCCGCUACAGGGGCCACGAAGGGGCCAGCUUGCCGUCACCGGUGGCGUCGGUGAGAGGAAUGGAGGGCAGCUUGCCCUGCCUGGCUGCAGCCUGCGACCCCUCAACACUCGUCAACUUCUGCACGGAUGACAGCAUCUCAGCUGCAAGCACGUCUGAUGUCCAGGACCGUCUUUCAGCCCUGGAACUGAGAGUACAGCAACAAGAAGAUGAAAUCACUGUGCUAAAAGCAGCAUUGGCUGAUGUGCUAAGGCGCCUUGCUAUCUCUGAAGACCAUGUAGCUUCUGUAAGAAAAUCAGCACCAAAUAAAGGUCAAUCAAGCCUCCGAGAAGCCAUCUCGAUGUCCUGUAUAACUAAUGGGAGUACAGGAAGCAGGAAAACAAGUCACAGUUCGCCUGUUUCUGUUGCCAGAAAAGAAACUCUCUCAUCUGCUGCAAAAAGCGGUACAGAAAAAAAGAAGGAAAAACCUCCAGGACAGAAAGAAAAAAAAGAGGACUCUCAUUCUAAUGAUCAAAGUCCACAAACUCGAGCAUCACCUUCUCCCCAGCCCUCCUCACAGACUCUCCAAACACACAGGCAAACUCAAGAAAGCAAGAGUUCUGCUCCAGCUAAAAGCAUAAAGAAAUCUUUGACUGCUGAAAAACCUCACAGUGCUUGGGAGAGUUCGGAUGACAGUCGUAACAAGCUGCUGAGAGUAGCAUCAACAUCUAAGUUAAUAUCAAAAGUGGCAAAGAAUGCAGACAAGCACAAAGAUGUCAUUGUCAGCCAAGCAAAAAUGUCAACUCGUGAAAAAAACAGCCAAGAGGGAGAAUAUAUCAAGAUGUUCAUGCGAGGUCGACCAAUCACAAUGUUCAUUCCUUCUGAUGUAGAAAACUAUGAUGAUAUUAGGACAGAACUGCCUCCUGAAAAGUUAAAACUGGAGUGGGUAUACGGAUAUCGUGGAAGAGACUGUCGAGCCAAUGUUUACCUCCUUCCUACUGGAGAAAUUGUAUAUUUCAUAGCAUCAGUGGUGGUACUAUUUAACUAUGAGGAGAGAACUCAGCGACACUACUUGGGUCACACAGACUGCGUUAAAUGUCUUGCAGUUCAUCCAGACAAAAUUAGAAUUGCAACAGGACAGUUAGCUGGAGUGGAUAAAGAUGGAAGGCCUUUGCAGCCCCAUGUUAGAGUAUGGGACUCGGUGAGCCUGGUGACUCUGCAGGUUAUCGGCCUCGGGACUUUUGAGCGUGGAGUGGGGUGUUUGGAUUUUUCAAAAGCGGAUUCAGGUACACAUUUGUGUGUAAUUGAUGACUCAAAUGAACAUAUGCUUACUGUGUGGGAUUGGCAGAGGAAAUCAAAAAUAGCAGAAAUAAAGACUACAAAUGAGGUUGUUCUUGCUGUAGAAUUCCAUCCAACUGAUGCAAAUACUAUAAUAACUUGUGGUAAAUCUCAUAUAUUUUUCUGGACCUGGAGUGGCAAUUCAUUAUCAAGGAAGCAAGGGAUAUUUGGGAAAUACGAAAAACCCAAAUUUGUUCAGUGUUUGGCUUUUCUGGGAAAUGGUGAUGUACUCACUGGAGACUCAGGUGGGAUAAUACUUAUAUGGGGCAAAACUACUGUAGAAUCUACUCCAGGAAAAGGACCUAAAGGAGUAUAUCAGAUAAGCAAACAAAUCAAAGCUCACGAUGGCAGCGUGUUCACACUCUGUCAAAUGAGGAACGGGAUGCUGCUAACGGGAGGUGGCAAAGACCGAAAGAUCAUCCUGUGGGAUCAUGAUUUGAAUCCCGAAAGGGAAAUUGAGGUUCCUGACCAGUAUGGAACAAUCAGAGCAGUCGCAGAAGGAAAAGCAGAUCAGUUUUUAGUGGGUACUUCACGAAACUUUGUUUUGCGGGGAACAUUUAAUGAUGGUUUCCUAGUAGAGGUACAGGGACAUACAGAUGAACUCUGGGGACUGGCAUCCCAUCCUUUCAAAGACUUAUUUUUAACAUGUGCCCAAGAUAGGCAAGUUUGUAUGUGGAACUCUGUGGACCACACACUGGAAUGGACCAGGCUGCUAGACGAGCCAGGGCACUGUGCUGACUUCCAUCCCAGCGGAGCAGUGGUGGCGAUAGGAACGCACUCGGGCAGGUGGUUUGUUUUGGAUGCUGAAACGAGGGAUCUGGUUUCAAUACAUACUGAUGGCAACGAACAGCUCUCGGUGAUGCGCUACUCAGUAGAUGGCACCUUACUUGCUGUUGGAUCCCAUGACAACUUUAUUUACCUCUACGUAGUAACAGAAAAUGGAAGGAAGUAUAGCAGAUAUGGAAAAUGCACUGGACAUUCCAGCUAUAUUACACACCUUGACUGGUCCCCAGACAACAAGUAUAUAAUGUCAAACUCAGGAGACUAUGAAAUACUAUACUGGGACAUUCCAAGUGGCUGUAAGCUAAUCAGGAAUCGUUCUGACUGUAAGGAUAUCGAUUGGACGACAUACACAUGUGUGCUGGGCUUCCAGGUGUUUGGAGUUUGGCCUGAAGGAUCAGAUGGGACAGACAUAAAUGCCCUUGUCAGAUCCCAUAACCGAAAAGUGAUAGCAGUUGCUGAUGAUUUUUGUAAGGUCCAUCUCUUUCAGUAUCCCUGUUCCAAGCCAAAGGCUCCAAGUCACAAAUACAGUGCUCACAGUAGUCACGUGACAAACGUCAGUUUCACCCAUAGCGACGGUCACUUGAUUUCAACAGGAGGGAAAGACAUGAGUAUUAUUCAAUGGAAACUUGUGGAGAAGGUAACUCUACCGCAGAAUGACAUUGUCGUAGACAUCAGUGCCACCAAAGUGCCGGUCCCUACCAGUGAAAAUACUGUACAGCCUCCUGCACUUCUCCCUCAGCCUUUUAAUGAAAUGAACCAAAACGAAAGCGUAACUGGCAGCUCCCCGGCCUCUUUGGAGAGCAACUUGGAGCAGUCUGCGGAGGCCAGCGAGGAGCAAAGCGAGGAGCAAAGUGAGGGGAGCAGCCUGGAUCCCACUGAGCCAGGCUAUGAGGAGCCCUCCAACGAGAUGAGCAAGGAGCACAGUGAAUCCACAGUUAUUGAAGAGCAACAAGAUCACUCACCGGUGUCUUAAUGCUCCCAGCUCAGGCGAUUGUUGUUUUCCCUUGGUGUGCGUGCUUUCAUUACAGGGUGAGGGUUCAAAUAGGGAAAGGUACCUGAGAUUCAUGACCACUCCAGCUUUUGAGUUUCAGUGAGAUUUUUAGCCUGAACUUCAAUUUGAUGUGUGGAACCAUCUCAAGGGCCUGGCCUGAUGGUCUGUGUCAAGAUCUGGUCACAGUUAGUAGUGGACAUUACCAUAGAUCCAUUUUAGUUCUGAAAUUGCUGUCAGGAAGUGGCAUGAAAUACAUACUGGAAAAAAGGUUAGCUCUGAAAAUUAGCUGAAGUAGACCACCUUAUCUAUGUGAAGUGCUUUGAGAGAACUAAGCUGAUGGGAAGCACUGAGCUGUUCCAGCUUGGGGAGUACUGUGCUGCUUUUUCCAGGUGCGAAGACAAAACAAAACAACCAAAAAGCUCUUCCUUUGUAGGGCUGUUUCCCUUUGUUUUUUCUUAACAAGAAAAAUAGAGGAAAAACAAUGUAACGAUGCCACGUGUAUGGUGAUGCCUUCUUGAUCUAACACAUAUGCAAUUUUCUAACACUACUAAUUCCGAGUGGAAUUCGGAUGUGUUCGCAGGUGGUCUGGUCUGGGUGCUGCUGUGUAGUUCUAAGGCAAAUCCUGUCAAAGAACAGCAUCAACUGUUCCAUUUUCGAAGACUAUUUAGCAACAAACUAACCAAAUACUGGCGUGUUUCACUUUUCACAAAUGGAAAGUUGAUUUAAACUGCAGGACUUCAUUGUCUCUUCAAAGAACUGUUUGUCUAGAGAGUCUGAAACUUGUUAGAGAGUCUUUACAGUGACUUGAUGUGAACAGUAUAAGAAGCGUGGCAAGAACACAGAAGUCAGAUGGGCUCCAGAGUUAAACUUUAAGCCUUCAAGCAGAACUUGUUCCAUCCCUUGUAGGAAAAAUAUAAAUACAGUUAACUUAAAUUAUUAAAUUGGUGCUUAGGAUUAGUAUAUUAAGUUGAUAAUUCUUUUCUUCUGAAUUUUUAGAGGUAACUCUAAGAAUUGUUAAACUGCAGUCUCUAGUUUUGUUGUUGGUUCUUUUUCCCCCCGACUCCUUUAGCAGUUGUGAUAUAAGCAUACAGUAAUUUAGAUGAUGAUGUGAUUAUUUUUUUUUAAUUUCUCUUUUUCCCUAGACUUACUGAUCUGUUGUUUUUGUGAUUUUUUUUUUUCUCUAUUUUUUUGGGUUUUUGUUUGUUUGUUUCCACCCCAUGCCUCCCUGAGUUGCUCUAAGUCACGCAGCUCACACGUGGCUAUACCUGGCCAGUUACCGGAUAUCUUGGCAUUUGUUAUGCAUUUGGAAAGUACUUUUUUUUUUACAAAGUUUUUCAGAUAGCUACUUUUUUUUUUCUUAAGUGCAUAUGUUUCCUACUUUGAAAAGAUAUAGAUUUACUGACAGAUAUCCAUUUCCUAUGUACUUGUUUAUAUUUUGAUUACAUAGUUUUUUUUUUUAACUUGCUGCAUUGUGCUGGUAUGUUAGUUCUUAGUUAGAGUAUCAUGUUUAGAAACUUUGGAUGAGUUCAUAAGUCUUAAUUAUGCAAGCGUUUACGUGAUUGUGCCAUUCCAAAGUGCAUCAAAACUGUCAUUCCCUUACUAGUAUCUUCUCAGGAGAAAUGCUACAGAUCAGGUAUUUAGUCAUCAUUUGGAAAGAUAAAAACAAAUGGACUCCCAAAGGACAUUUAGAACAUUUAUAUAUAAAAUAUAUAAAUAUAUAUAUACACACAUAUAUAUAUUAAAAAAAUAUCCUCUUGUUUACAACAGUUCCAGAAAACCUCAAAGUAGUUCCCUUCAGAUGGAGGGAGAUAUGGAUUCCAAGCAACCCAUCUGUUUAAACUGUGCUCUGUACAUAGAGUUUUACUGGAGAGCUCUAGUAUGCCUGACAUGCAAAUUUGCCAGACAGCAGCAAUGGAAGAUAAAGGUCAACUAAUCAAAAGUUCCUGGUUCCAAAUGAGGAAUAUGCUAUAGGUUUAGAAAAUAAUCUUAGUAAAGGAGAAGGGGUUUUAGAGCUUACAAGGCACAGAGCUCUCUCUGUUAUUUUUAUGAACUCCACAUAAGCAACACAUUUCUUUUCGGAACAUCUGUCACCUGGGGUUGCCAUGUAAAGUGAGAGUUAUAGUUGUGAUAUUCUUGUGUUUGUAGUUCAGAAGACUCUACUAAUAUGCAAAAAGCCUUACAGCUUUCAAUUGCUGGCAACUACUGUUUAACAAAUAAUUAAAUCUGUGAUAAUGGAUGGAAAUGGGUGGGAUUAUGUAACUGUAGAUGUUUUAGAAAAAUAAUUGUGAAUGAACUAUGAUUAAGAGUGUUUUCAUGUGAAGAUGUUUGAGCCAUUUCUAUCUAUCAUGCAUUCCUGUCUCAAGGCAGAAAAUUUUGAAGAUUUAAAAAAAAAUAAAAUAAUCAA